AUGCCUCAAGCACAGCCAGAGCUGAAGAAAUAUCUUGAUAAAAGGCUAUUUGUUCAACUUAAUGGAAGCAGAAAAGUAAUUGGAAUUCUUCGGGGUUACGAUGUAUUCUUAAACGUCGUCUUAGACGACGCUGUGGAAGAGAAAGAAGGUGGGGAGAAAGUCCGACUGGGUAUGGUUGUUAUCCGAGGAAACUCAGUCGUAAUGCUUGAAGCCCUCGAGAGAAUAGGUGGUGGACCGAAAGCGUUGUAG